AUGGCUGCAAGUAAUGCCACGGCUUUUAAGAGCGAUCGCAAGCUUCUUUGGUUAGCCAUGGAAGAAGCGAACGGCCUCCGUCGCCAGGAGAAAGUCGGCAGUGUGAGGUUCUCACAAAGAAACUACAUGACGUUGGAAGUAUCAAAGGCAUUUCUACUAUCCGAGACAUCUGCCCAGGGCUGGCGCAACGUACAAAGAGCAGACGCACUUCAUCCACCCAGUCAUCUUCCAGCGCAAUUUCGCUAA